GAAACUAAGUUAUUGGUACUUUGGAGUUCACUGCACUAUUUGCUGUAAGAUCUAUGCUAUCUCAAGAUGUAACACUUUAUUCAUUCUAUUUUCAGAUACACUCUUAACUUACUGGAAUAAAGUAUCUCCUCAGGAGCUCAUAAACAUUCUUAUACUUCUAGAAGUAUGUUUGUUUCACUUUAGAUAUAUGGGGAAAAGAAACAUAGCAAGGGUGCAUGAUGCCUGGAUGUCAAAACACUUUGGAAUAGACCGAAAAUCGCAAACCAUGCCAGCUCUCCGAAACAGAUCAGGAAUAAUGCAGGCCCGGCUUCAGCAUCUUAGUAGCCUGGAAAGUUCAUUUACACUUAAUCACAGUUCUGCAACAACUGAAGCAGACAUUUUCCAUCAGGCACUUCUUGAAGGCAAUACUGCUACUGAAGUUUCCCUAACAGUACUAGAUACCAUAUCAUUUUUCACCCAGUGCUUCAAGAGCCAACUUUUAAAUAAUGAUGGCCACAACCCGUUAAUGAAAAAAGUAUUUGAUAUUCAUCUUGCUUUUCUUAAAAAUGGGCAAUCUGAAGUGUCGCUGAAACAUGUCUUUGCCUCACUGCGAGCUUUCAUUAGUAAGUGCGAAUUGUAUCGGUGGCCUCUAAAUGUUCAGGCCACUUACCUCAUCUAA